CGCCUCCCACCAUCACUACACUACCAUGCCACCAAGACUACCUACACGAGCGCUAGCGGCGCUGGCACAGCCGGCCGCGAGCACGUCCGCGCUCCCGCUGCGUCCGCGGCGCGCACUGCACACGCCGAAGCGCGUGGCGUGCCGCCCGCCAGCGGCGGGGGCGCGGGCGUUCCACGCCUCCGCGCCGCGCGCGGCGGCACACAAGAACCCGUACGACGUGCUCGGCGUCGCGAAAGACGCGUCGGCCGCAGACAUCAAAAAGGCGUAUUACGGGCUCGCGAAGAAGUGGCACCCGGACACGAGCAAGGAGGCGAAUGCGGCGGAAAAGUUCCACGACAUACAGGGAGCAUACGACAUUCUAUCGGACGAGAAGAAGCGGGCCGCGUACGACCAGUACGGGAGCGCGAGCACGCAGGAGGGCUUUGACCCGGACAUGUUUGGGCGCGGCGGCGGCGGGUUCGGCGGGUUCCAGGACUUUGGGUUCGGGCGGCCGGGGAACGCAGGCGACCUGUUCGAGCAGCUGUUUGGGGGCGCGUUCGGCGGCGGGCAGUUUGCGGGCGGGAGCCCGUUCGGCGGCGGCGGCGCGCGCGCGCGCCACGUGCGCGGCGACGACCUCGAGACCAACAUGACCGUGUCGUUCGCCGACGCGUGCCAGGGCACCAAGCGCACGCUCACCAUCACGCCCGUGGUGGACUGCGCGCCGUGCCACGGCUCCGGGCUCAAGCCGGGCGAGAAGAAGCAGAGCUGCCCCACCUGCCGCGGUACGGGGCAGCAGGCGUUCCAAGUACAGGGCAUGUUUAUGGCGUCUACCUGCCCCGCGUGUAAUGGAACGGGGUCGACGAUCCCCCGGUCCGCACGUUGUGGGGAGUGCGAGGGCGUCGGGCGCGUCAAGGAGCGCCGCGAGGUCGAAGUCGACAUCCCCGCCGGUAUCGAGGACGGGAUGAAGAUCAAGAUUCCCGGCGCGGGCGACGCGCCGCUCUCGGCCCAAGGGCCUGCCGGCGACCUCUACGUCCGCGUCAGCGUCAAGCCCAGCACCGUGUUCCGGCGCCAGGGCACAAACAUCUACCACGACGCAAAGGUGCCCCUCCAGACGGCGCUGCUCGGCGGCCGCGUGCGCAUCCCCACCCUCGAGGGCGAGGUCGACGUGCGCGUCCGCGAGGGCACGCAGAAUGCAGAAGAGGCCGUACUCAAGGGCCGCGGCGUAAAGUCGUUGUAUGGGCGCAAGGGCGAGCGCGGCGACUUGGUCGUGUCGUGGAAGGUGCAGAUUCCGAGGUGAGUAGCGGCGGGAGGCGCGGAGUGGCGCGAGUCGCGGAGAGGUGGCGGGG